AUGUCUCUUUCUCCAUUCUACGUGGCUCCCGCUUUGUUGCCCUUGGUUGUUGCAGCCAACUUGGGUGGUUUCGAUAACCCCGGAGAUUCUGGGGAAACCACGGCUGCUAAUGAAAACCAGAAUACGGAGAACACAAAUGCUAACACCGCCACAGCCAACACUGCAGCCACCGCUAACACAGCCAACACAGCUAAUACCGCCAACACAGCCAACACAGCAAAUACCGCUAACACAGCCAACACAGCAAAUACUGCAACAGCAAACACGGCUAACACAGCCAAUACUGAAACAGCUAACACAGCUAAUACAGCCACGGCUGAAACAGGCACUGCAACAGGUACAGCCACAGGUACCCUUGACACCAGAAUUGACACAGCCAACACCGCUCAAAGUGAAACACCUACUGAAACUGCGCUGAACACAGCUUUGGACUCAACCACUGGUGGUUCAGCCACAUUCAACAAGUGGGGCUUCACAGGCGACCAGUCUGUCUGGCAAGCCGAGACUGCUACUUCAGCUGUCUCUAAUUCCGGAUCCGAGUCCAAGUCCCAUACAGCUUCCAUUCUGGGUAACAAGACCUCUGGCGCUAUGAGAGUCGGAGGAGCCACAGAAAUCAGCUGGAAAACAACGGCUUUUAUCGGCGCAAUUGCCGCCUUGACUUUGGGACUCCACGCCCUUUGA